UCGAUUCAUCCGCAUCGGAAGCGUACAUGUAAUGUAGUAGGAAUCUGGCUUGCGGAUUUUCGCAUCAUAACAGCACACAUACAUACCAUUCCUCGGCGUAACCGCAAGUGCGAUAGACGUACAGCUACUUCUCGCCGUUCAUCCAACUCCGCCUUCACGAGACGAAGGUUGUGUCUUGACGAACUGAAGCAGCCCUGACGCAACCGGACUGUACCAGAAUAUAAAGUACAAUGACACCAGCACUUCCCCUGACAGCCGGCGUCGUCGGCGCCGGAAUCGCAGGUCUGAGCGUUGCUAUUGCCCUGCGCCGCGCGGGCGCCGAAGUCGAAGUAUACGAGCGCUCGCAAUUCAAGAACGAGAUCGGCGCCGCUAUUUCGGCGCCCCCUAAUGCGGCGGCCGCGCUGCGCCGCUGGGGUUUCGACUUCGUUGCCGCGAAGACAGUCCCGAAUCUGUCGACGCGGUAUGCGGCUGCCGAGGACCUGGAGACCACAUUCGAGUCGCGGUAUGAGGAUAUCGAGGACGUGAUGGGGUCGCCUUGUUUGAGUUUUCAUCGGGUGGACUUGCAUGGUGGGUUGAGGGCCCUCGCUACGGAGGAGGAAGGCGGAGAUACCGAGGAGAGUAGGAAAGGGGGAGGGAAAGGGAAGCCGGUUGCGAUACACUUGGGAUGUGAAGUCCAGAACGUGGAUUGCGAAAAUGGCGUCUUGGAAUUAGCGGGUGGGAGGAGAGUCCAGAAAGAUCUUGUCAUUAUCGCAGAUGGCGCACAUAGUAAACUCCUGACCGACUUUCUCGGAUAUCAAGCCCCCGUGCAGCCGACGGGCCGCUCGAUAUAUCGCUGGCUGGUCUCCAUGGACGAAGUAAUGGCGAACCCCGAACUCGCGCCGCACUACCGAGAUAAAGCACCCGGAUUCCUCGGGUGGUUUGACGCGCAGAAUCGCAUCCUCUGGGUUACGUAUACCUGUCGCGGGGGCACUGUGCUGAAUAAUGCUGUGGUGUAUGAUACAGCCGUUCCGAAAAACGAGGAGGGGAGAAAUGGUAACGAGAAGGAUAUGUCGUGGCAUGCCCCGGCCGCUACGGACACUGUCCUCGCAACGUUGUCCAACUUCCACCCUGCUGCCCUUGGAAUCGUAUCAAUGGCUUCUGAAGACGGCAUUGUUGAACAUCGAUUGUUCCACCGGCCACCGCUGGAGAGCUUCGUUCGUGGCAGGACGGCGGUUAUCGGGGAUGUCGCGCACGUAAUGAUGCCGACGCAUGCGGCUGGGGCCGCGAUAGCUAUUGAGAGCGCGAGCGUGUUGGAAGUGCUGUUCAAGGAUCUGGGAAGCCAAUUGAGAAGUACUGCCAGAGACCAACAAGGAUUCGACGUAGAGAAAGAGCGCAUCGUCAAGGAGCGUCUUCGGCUGUUCGACAAGCUCCGGAUACCGAGAUGUAAUCUCACUAUGCUGGUCUCGAAUGCGGGACCAGAGGGUCUGCGCCGCCCGGGGCUAGAGAAGGAAAUUCGGCGAUUCUAUCAUGGUCCGCUGCCCCCGAGCGACGCACUGCCUUGGGGGGAUGAGUUCCGCGAGGUACUUUUCCAUUAUGAUGCGUUUCUGGAGGCGGAGAAGGCGUUGCGGAACAGGACCUCAGAGAAGGAGAAAUGAAAAGAUGCGAUAUGACUAAAUGUA